AUGGUGAGGUGGGAGCUGUGGGCCACUGCUGUCUCUUUGGCUUUCCUCUCUAGCCAAGCAUUUCCACAGACAGACAUUAAAAUCAGCCCAGCCUUGCCAGAGAUGAUUCAGCCCUAUCCAUGUCCUCUGUUCUGGAUGGAGUAUGAAGGUUACUGCUAUAGAUUCUUCCCUCUCAAUAAGACCUGGGCUGAAGCUGACCUUUACUGUGCAGAGUUCUCCAUCGGGACAAAGUCAGCCAAACUGGCCUCCAUCCACAGUUGGGAAGAGAAUGUCUUUGUACAUGAUCUUGUAAACAGCUGUGUUCCAGGGAUACCAACAGACAUCUGGAUGGGACUUCAUGACCGGAGACAGGAAGGUCAGUUUGAAUGGACAGAUGGCACAUCCUAUGACUACAACUACUGGGAUGGAAAUCAGCCAGAUGAUGGCAUCCAUUCUGCCCUCGAGGAGGAAGACUGUGUGCAGAUCUGGUAUCGACACAAUAGUGCUCUAAGAUCAUGGAAUGAUAAUGCCUGCAGCCAGAAAUUCCCAUUCGUGUGCAAGAUCCCAUCGAGGACUAUUAAUUGA